GGGGCAGCGGCCACUGCUGAUUGGCAGGAGGGGGGCUCACGCCCCAUGGCCAGGCUUGAGCAAAAGAAGGGAACAGCCAAUCAGUGGGCGCACCGGUGAAAACGAGCCAAUCGUGGAGCCGGCUGGGGGUGGGGGCGGGAACAGAUAGCCCAGGUGGACUAGGCUGGAGUAGGCUUCUUGGGGAAGCUGCUCGGCUGCUGCCCUGCCGGAGUCCGGCUGCCAGGCGUGCAGGACGUCAUGAGUCGGUUCCUAAGCGUGCUACGGAGCUGGCUGGUGAUGGUGUCCAUCAUCGCCGCGGGAAACACGCUGCAGAGCUUCCGGGACCACUCCUUCCUCUACGAGAAGCUCUACACCGGCAAGCCAGACCUUGUGAAUGGCCUCCAGGCUCGGACCUUCGGGAUCUGGACCCUGCUGUCCUCCGUGAUUCGCUGCCUUUGUGCCAUUGACAUCCACAAUAAGACGCUCUACCACAUCACUCUCUGGACCUUCCUCCUCGCACUGGGCCACUUCCUCUCCGAGCUGUUCAUAUAUGGGACUGCAGCCCCCACGAUCGGCGUCCUGGCACCCCUGAUGGUGGCAAGUUUCUCAGUCCUGGGCAUGCUGGCGGGGUUCCGCUACCUGGAGGCAGAACCAGCAUCCAGACAGAAGAAGAGGACCUGAAGCCCAGCUCCACGCCUCAGACUGCGCCUUCCACUCUUCCCCCCACUCGGCUCUUCCAGUGCUUUUUCCUGCCCUUUCAGCAGCCCCCAUAGCGACCUCUAAACUUUUAUGUUCCAGUUCCUUUUUGUAACAAAGGAAAAAAAAAGACAUGGACAAGCUGCUGAGGAUCUACAAAGGCCUUCAGGCAAGAAUAGGAUGUGUACUAUGUAAAGACAUGAUUUAAAAGCCCCUUGCACCCAGAUCAAGGAAUCGCCAGCCAUCCUGUGCUGCUCUCUCAUCUCUAACACCCUCUUCCCAGCCCUUGCUACCCCCGCCUUUCCAGCCCCCCACCCUGCCUUCCCAGACUCCCCCACCCCUGCCUUCUCAGACCCCCUUCCUGUUCCCCCCACCUCUCCCUUCCCAGUUGUUUGUACCCUUGACGUGACAUGCGCCGUGGAAACCAUGAACUGUGACUCACAGCCAUUGCCACUGCCCCUCAGGGCCUGUCCACCACCAUGGGCGCCUCUCUAGUGCUGGACCCCACUCUGAACUGCCCAGUAGAUGGGUAGCUCUUCUAAGAAGGGCCUCCCAGGCUUGCGGGCUCAUACCUGGACAGCAAGGGGAAGGGCGGGGAGCCUGAGCCGUUUUUAGACCUGCUGGUCAACAGUAUUUGUGUAACAAAUUUUGUAAUAAACAGAAAAUCCCUUC